AUGUCUUGCCUCAGGCGUCAACCCGUCACCAUCCCGAUGGACACGGUCAAGAUCAUCCAGUCGGAGAAGUUCCCCAGAGAGUGCACGGUGCCCGUCACUCAACCUCGCUUCGCCCCGCCCCCCAGAGUGGCAUGGGACGGCGGCGGCGAAGGGGAGAUCAUCGUCAACCAAGCCUGCAGCGACCUGACGCUGAACGUGACGGUGGCGACCCCGUCCCCCCAGACCCCCGUCAUCCGCAGGGAGCAGAGCUUCUUAGCGCAGCGUAAACCCAGUGCCAACGAGAUCUGCUACCACCAGUUCCACUACAAGAUGGAGGACGUCAUCGUCAACCAGUACGUGCUGCGCUCCUCUUCCACCUCCACGUCCUCGUCAUCGUCUUCCACCUCUUCGGGUCCCCCCAUGCCCUGCGAGCCCCUGGACUGCCCCACCUGCGGCCACACCUACAACUUUGCCGGCAAGCGCCCUCGCAUCUUGUCCUGCCUGCACUCGGUGUGUGAGGAAUGCCUGCAGAUCCUCUACGAGUCAUGCCCCAAGUACAAGUUCAUCUCCUGCCCCACCUGCCGCCGCGAGACGGUGCUAUUUACCGACUACGGCCUGGCGGCCCUCGCCAUCAACACCAGCAUUCUGAGCCGGCUGCCCGCCGACCCCAACGGGCCGGUGCAGUGGGGCGGGGACGCCGACCGCAGCUGCUACCAGACUGUGCGCCAGUACUGCCAGUCGGCUUGCACCUGCCACAUCGCCAACCCGCUCUCCUCCUGCGGCAUCAUGUAGAGAAAAAGCGGGCAUCGUGGUAACGCUGCUCAGCCACACCUUUGUCGACUAUAAGCUCUCCCCUUCUCCCCUCACACACACACAUCCUGUCAAUAAUCCCUCCACAGAUGACUUCUCUCUAUAUAUUUAAUAGCACAGACGGAUACUGUGUGGGACUAACGGAUGCGGACGCUCGGAGAAAUAGUUAAUAUAUGUAUUUUACGUAUGGACUGGAAUCCCGCUCCCCUUCUCGUGUUUGGUUGGAUGUGUUUGUCAUCUCUUUUCAUGGGAAUGCCAGGGGAGGUCAACCCCACCCCUUCCCCAUCCCUUCAAGGUGAAUAAAGAUUAAAUUCAUGACAAAA